AUGCACUUCCUCCACCACAUCCCCUUUCUGGCAGCCCUCGGCCAAUUCAGCGUUACCAACGCCCUCCUCGCCUUCCCCGGUGCGGAGGGCUUCGGCCGCAAUGCCAUUGGCGGACGUCAAGGCAGCGUCUACAUCGUCACCAACCUCAACGACUCCGGCACAGGCUCCCUUCGCGAUGCGGUCUCGAAGCCCGAUCGAAUUGUUGUCUUUGCAGUCAGCGGGGCCAUCAAAAUCACGGACCGCGUCGUAGUAUCAAAACGAAUCAGUAUCCUCGGCCAAACUGCACCAGGCGGCGGUAUCACCGUCUACGGCAACGGCUGGAGUUUCUCCGACGCCGAUGAUGCUAUUAUCCGGUAUAUCCGGAUUCGUAUGGGAAAAGGUGGUACGAGCGGGAAAGAUGCUAUUACCAUUGCCUCGGGGGCGAAUAUGAUAUUUGAUCACGUUUCUGUGUCCUGGGGCCGGGACGAAACUUUCUCGAUCUCCGGCUCCGAUGUCUCAAACAUCACCAUCCAAAAUAGUAUCAUCGGCCAGGGCCUAGAAACGCAUUCCUGUGGCGGGCUAAUCCAAACGAAUCUCGGCAACGGAAUCAGCCUGUUCCGCAACCUCUACAUCGAUAAUAAAACAAGGAAUCCGAAAGUCAAAGGCACAAACGACUUCACUAACAACGUAGUCUAUAACUGGGGUGGAGGUGGCGGAUACAUUGCCGGGGAUUCAGAUGGGCAGAGUGAGGCAAAUAUCGUCGGGAAUUAUUUUGUGAGCGGCCCGAGUACGAGUGUGACUGCUUUCACGCGUGGGAAUGCGAAUUUUAGGGGCUGGGUGGAGGGGAAUUGGUAUGAUAGUGAUAAAGAUGGGGUCUUGAAUGGGAAGGAAAUUGGUGUGGCGUCGUCGAACUAUGGCGGUAUGGCACUUGCUACAGCGAAAUUCCCAUUCCCGGCGCCCGUGAAGACUCUUAGUGCUAACGAUGCGUUGAAAUUCGUGCAGCAGUCUGCGGGUGCGAGUUUGGUGAGAGAUGAGGUUGACAAGAGAUUGAUAGCGGAGUUGGCAUCGUUUGGGAAGAUGGGGGAGCUGGUUAGUGAUGAGAAUGCGAGCCCGAUGAAUGGAGUAGGGAGUGUCGAUGGAGGAAGUAGGUUGGUGGAUACGGAUGGGGAUGGGAUUCCGGAUGAGGGGGAGAUAAAGGUGGGUAGUGAUAAGGGGAAGAGUGAUGCGAUGGUGGAUAGGGAUGGGAACGGGUACGUCACCUGGAAGGAAGGGCAGCGGCACGAGGUAUGGGUCAUUCUUUCCCUUCAGUACUGCACACCGCCUGAUCUUGUACCUUUGGAGCUAUACCGUCACUAA